AUGCCCGGCGCAAGUAAAUGUGGCUUCUAUAUGAGCCAAAAGAGACGGUACUGUGGCAUGACCACCAAGUCCGGCUCUUCUUACUGCUUGGAGCAUCUUGACGUGAGCAAUGGCACGCAGGGCGAAAAGCGUCGAGUUCCCUGUCCGUUGGACCCAAAUCAUACGGUUUGGGCUUCGAAUCUCGGGCGUCACGUGAAAAAGUGCAAUAAGCUGAAGCUACUGCAUGCGAACGAUAACGAGCCGUUUUAUGUGCGGGACUGCAAUCUCUUGCGAGCAGGCGAGACAGGGUGCGGCGACCCGCCGCACCCUAACGAGCUCGUAAUACAAAGUAUUCCAGUUCUGGAGCGAAUCUACGCUGAGGGAUUCUCGGAUUUGCCGUUGCAAUGCAAGUCGAACGAGUACAUGGAGUCGCAUCGCUGCGCUGAGCUGGCUUCGAACCGGAAACACGCGCUGCAACAGUCGUCUCUGAUCCAGCACAUGCUCGAUCGCAAACUGCUGCAGGACACGCGGUUCAUCGAGUUCGGCUGCGGGCGCGCUGAGCUCUCCCGUUACAUCAACCAGGUGGCGCUGCAGCAGCACGCGGGGGCCCCGCCUACAUUCACGCUGAUCGACCGCGCGUCGAACCGUAUGAAAUUCGACAGCAAGUUCAGGGAGGACUUCGAGAAGCUGCGCGGGGGCCCCGCAGACGCCGCGAUCACGCGCCGCUGCAAAAUCGACAUCAGGGAUCUCAAGCUGGACCCGCUGCUGGAAGCCGAUCGCGAUUUCGUCGCGGUCUCGAAGCAUCUGUGUGGGGUCGCCACCGAUCUCACGUUGCGGUGCAUUGCCAACAGCGAACGUCUGAAUCGGGACGGCGGCCUGAAGGGCGUUUGCAUCGCUAUGUGCUGCCGACACGUUUGUGACCCGGACCAGUACGUGAACCGGCCGUUUGUGGAGUCUCUGCUCCGCGGAGAGUCCGGCCUGUCGUACCGCGAUUUCUUCAACAGUCUACGUAAGAUGUGUUCUUGGGCUACGAGCGGUAGGAGAGAGGGUCUCAGCGACGAUGACGUUGGGGGCCACUUCACAAACCUGCCUCUCGGUAGACGCGAGCGGCUGGGCCUGAUGGCCAGACGGGUAAUUGACGAGGGGAGGAAGCAGUGGAUCUGUGAGAAUCUGACGAACAGAGACUACGAGGUCCAACUGAUUAAAUAUACUACUCCGGACGUCUCGCUCGAGAACGUUGCCAUGUUGAUGUAUACUAAAUAA